AUGACGAUGCUGGAGCUCAGGAAAAUAGGCUAUAAAACACUAGAACAGCUCCUGUCAAAAGACCCCGACGACGCAGUACAAGAGUUAGGUUCUCUCAAGCAAGGUCUGGGCAAGCUUCUAGAAAUGACGGAUAUACGCUAUGACCUGAUAUCGCUAUUGUUUCAGGUCUAUCACCAUGUCUGCCAGGCGCAGGUGUCCAAUGAAACUAUCAACAUGCUCCUAGAUAUGCUCGGAAGGAACAACUUCAUCAACAGACAUCUCAACGGCCAUCUUAUUGAAAUGAGAAAAGAGAAAAACCAGAACAAACUACGGGUCAUGCCUAGAUGCAUUCAAGAUAUCGCAAUUGUCCUGUCAGAGCUACAGCAACGCCUUCCAAGUAACUUGACAGAUGUUGAAGUUGCUGUGACACUCCUUGAAGAUGCUGUCAAAUACACAAAGAAGAAGAACAUACUUGUGGAUGAGACAAUUCAAGACGAGGUACGCCAACUUGUGAAAUUUCAUGAGACAAUCCAACAGGAAAAGCUAAAGAAGACACGUACGGAUAUCGAACCCGCAACACCUCCUCCAGAUAAUUUCCGUGAGCUCAGUGUGUUUCCAACCUCUAAUGAACUGACAGAUAAUUCCCUGCGUCCUUACCUUCGACCAAACAUUACAAAGGGAAAGUAUGAAAGUGUCGAACAUUAUCUUGACGUUCAAUUUCGUCUUCUCCGAGAAGACUUUGUCCGCCCACUUAGAGAAGGCAUUAAUGAGUAUAAAAUAGCAACAGCUCGACCAGGGAAACGUGACAAACGCUUCCAAGACAUUCGUCUAUACUAUGAUGUAACACUAGACGAACCACUGUACUCACAAAGUGGAGUUACGUUCAGGAUUCACUUCGAUGAGAAAAAACUCAAAGGCGUUCGUUGGCAAUCGUCGAAGCGGCUGAUCUAUGGUUCACUCGUCAUCUUGUCACCUGAUGAUUUCAAGACCCUCGUCUUCGGCACAGUUGCAAACCGAAAGCCUGAGGAUUUGGCUAAAGGCUUCAUUGAAAUCAAGCUCGAGAGGGACGAGGAAAUUGCAGAGAUCUUCACUGAAAAGACAUUCAUCAUGGCAGAAUCUUCAGCAUACUUCGAAGCUUACCGGCAUGUCCUGAGCCGCAUCAAAAAUGUCACUGAGCAGUCAAUGCCCCUAACUGAUUACAUCAUAUCAGCAUCAAAAGAUGUUCGUCCACCUGCCUACAUCCGGAACGAUCGCUCCAUUGAAUAUGACCUAUCAUCCAUCGUCUCUGAUAAAGUUCCAAACGCAAAGCACACAGCAAUGCGUAUGAAGACCGUGAGGAUUCUCGAUGGUCGUGAAUGGACAAGACUAGGGAACACUGGUCUUGACGAAUCCCAGCUUCGAGCCGUGCAAGCAGCACUUACUCAAGAGAUGACGGUCAUACAAGGCCCACCUGGUACUGGAAAAACUUACAUCGGGUUGAAGAUAGUUCACACUCUUCUCGAUAACAAGCGUAUUUGGAAAGAAGCUCAAGUUCUAGAACUGGCCGGACACGCAGGCCGUGCGAACAAACCAAUCCUACUCGUCUGCUAUACAAACCAUGCUUUAGAUCAGUUUCUGGAAGGAGUUGCAGAUUAUAACAGUGAAGGUAUCGUGAGAGUUGGUGGUCGAAGUUCUAGCGAGGCUCUGAAGCGGUUCAACCUCAAUUCACUCAGGAGCUCAAAGCUUCGAGAAGAGACACCUCGACACGUGAGACGUAGAAUCGGAGAGGUUCGUGGCGAAAUCGAAAGUCUCGGGAGAGAAGUCAAAGGCCUUCAGGACAAGAUUAACCAUACGAGGAAGGGACUACUUCACGAAAGAGUACUCACGGAGCACAUGACUAUCGCACAAGAAAUCAGCCUCAACCACGGAAACAUCUUUGAAGUAGAUGGCACUUCACCUGAGGAGCUUGAUGUUCCGGAAGAUAACGGACCACAAAAUGAAGACGAAAAUGACGAAGGAGAAGAAGAGCUUGAUAUCUUAGAGGAGGCGGAUCUCCUUGACGAGAUGAGGCGCCUGGACGUUGACGACCAACGAAAUAGAAUAUUCACAGGCGAUGCGAAUGCCAACUUCGAUGAUGAACUUUUGGUUUUCCGACUGAACGAUCUUGACAACUUGGAAGCGGGAGAGUGGCAACAAGACCGACAGCAUAUCAGAAAUAGGAAGCACAACUUGGAGAGAAAGCUCAGGAGUAAUGAAAGAAUGUCCGACCAAGAGGCAAACACCGUUAUAAACGUUUGGGGUCUUGAAGAAGGAAAGCGAUGGAGGUUAUACCGCUAUUGGGCUCAUUUACAUCGCCAUGAAUCUCUUCGUCAGCUCGUGGAUAUGCAACGGCAAUUCGCAAAAGUUUGUCAGGAGCUACGCGAGGCACGCAGUCAAGAAGAUUUUGAAAUCCUCAAAAAUGCCUCGAUCGUUGGAAUGACAACAACUGGAGCUGCCAAGUUCCAUAUGCUUCUUCAGAGAAUCCAGCCUAGAAUUAUGGUGGUCGAGGAAGCUGCAGAGGUGUUAGAAGCCCAUAUUGUGACUGCAUUGACUGAGUCAUGUCAACAUCUCAUAUUGAUUGGAGAUCACCAACAACUUCGGCCAAGUCCUACGGUCUUCAAAUUAGCUACGCAGUAUAACCUGGACAUAUCUCUGUUUGAACGUAUGAUCAACAAUGGCGUACCUCAUCAGCGCUUGAUCCUACAGCAUAGGAUGAGGCCUGAAAUUUCCCGACUAAUGAGGAUGGAAAGAUUGUACCCAUAUCUCCAAGAUGACGUCUCUGUGAAGAAGUUCGACGAUAUCCACGGGGUUACAAAGAACAUCUUCUUCCUUCAUCAUGAAAUGGAAGAAGAUUCUGUGGAUGAAAUGAAGAGUCACUCCAACAUUCACGAGGCAAAGUUCUUGGUAGGACUUUGCAGGUACUUCUUGCAGCAGGGCUACUUUCCAGAGCAGAUCACGAUCUUGACUACCUAUUCCGGUCAACUCUUUGCCUUUAAGAGCUUGAUGAAAAAGAGUGACUUUGAAGGUGUCAGAGUUGCUACAGUUGACAACUUCCAGGGAGAGGAAAACGACAUAAUUCUACUCUCUCUCGUUCGCAGCAACAAGCAGGGAAGUGCUGGCUUCUUGAAGAUCGACAACAGAAUCUGCGUAGCGCUCUCGAGAGCAAGAAAGGGUCUCUACUGCAUCGGAAAUUUCAAACUCCUCGCACAACAAAACCCAAGUGGGCCAAGCUUGUGGAGGGAAAUCGUGAAGGACGCUGAAAUCUAUCGCACCAUCGGAAAAUCCCUUAAGCUCCAGUGCAGAAAUCACACUGGGACACAAAAUGAGGUUUCAAGUGAAGCGGAUUUUUCAAAAGUCCCAGAAGGCGGUUGUUCCGUACCAUGUGAGGCACGUCUUACCUGUGGUCAUGUUUGCCGAAUGCCAUGCCACCCCACCGACAUGAAACAUGAAAACUACAAGUGCCGUCAAAAGUGUACUCAGACAAUUUGCCCCUUAGGUCAUCGAUGCAUGAAGCAGUGCUACCAGCCUUGUGACACGCAGUGCAAAAAACCUGUUGAUAAGACACUGCCUUGUGGUCACGUCCAGAAGGUGCCUUGCUACAAAAGCAGCUCAGAAGUAAUCUGCGAAUCUCCAUGCCGCAGGAGACUGGAUUGCGGGCAUCAAUGCAAGGAGCUGUGUGGAAAGGGCUGUACAGUGGUCUGCCAGGAAAUGAUUCGUCAUUCUGACUGGCCUUGUGGCCAUAAUGUCCUCGCCAAAUGCUCUGCUGGUCCUGAGUCCUGUUCGCAACCAUGUGAUAAGAUUCUGAGUUGUGAACAUCCAUGCAAGGGUUCAUGCGGCAAGUGCCACCAAGGACGUCUGCAUGCAUUCUGCAGAGAAAAAUGCGAUCGUACACUCGUUUGCGGUCACCCGUGCCGGUCGACAUGUGCUGCGGAUUGUCCAGCAUGUUCGAGGAAGUGCGAAAACAGAUGUCAACAUAGCAAAUGCAAGAAAAAAUGUGGAGAACCUUGUGUUCCGUGUGCAGAGAGAUGCAUCUGGCGAUGUCAACAUUUUCGCUGUGGGGCACAAUGUGGAAAACCAUGCGACAGACGUGCGUGUAAUGACCCUUGUGCGGUCCUGCUGAAGUGUGGCCACCCUUGCAUCGGACUCUGUGGCGAACCAUGCCCCAAGAAGUGCAGAAUCUGUGAUAAGGAUGAAGUAACUAGGAUUCUCUUUGGCGACGAAGAGGACAAUGAUGCUCGAUUUGUGGAGUUAGAGGACUGUAAGCACGUGAUUGAAGCGAAUGCCCUGGACCAAUGGAUGAAGACGGAUAGUGGAAGCAAGGACACGUCAGAGGCGACCUCCAUUAAGCUGAAAGAGUGUCCAUGGUGCAAAACACCGAUCAGACGCAAUCUGCGAUACGGAAACAUCAUCAAACAAGCACUGGAUGAUAUAAAUGCUGUUAAAAGAAGAAUCUUCGGCAACGAAAGGACAAUCCAAAAUCUCCGUCAGAACCUACAAGAAAGAAUUCAUCGAGAAGUGGUGUGUGCCAUAGCAAGGGAUCAGCAACUGUUCCUAUUAUUCGAAACCAUAGUCAGUUCGACGCUUGCGUUGAGCCAUGGACAAAUCACCGCUUUGGAAAACAGAGUCCGCUUUCUGGAGGAAAUGAUAGACCUGGCUAAAGAAUUGCAGUCGCUGCGAUCUCCAUCCCUAAAUCAGCAGUACGUUAAGCAGAUGAAGAGUGAGAUAGUUGUCCUGCAGACUUGGUUGUGUAAGGAGCCUAUAAACAGGAUGUCCCAACAGCAGACCGGUGACGCCAACAGAGAAGCGAAGAGGUUCCACUUAGCCUUGAAUCUUUUCAAGAUCCUGGUCAAGAAACCAGCUGCUCGUGACAAAGCCAGCGAAGAGGUCAAGGCCGCCGAGCUUCAACUCUUUGACGGAAAGGCUAUGACUGCCCAACGAGCAAAUGAAGUCAACGAUCUACUCAAGAAGAUCGAUUACAAGUCCGGUGGGUUGGGAAUUAGCGAGAAAGAGAGGAAGGAAAUAGUCGCCGCCAUAGGUCUGACCACAGGUCAUUGGUUAAAAUGCCCCAGAGGGCAUGUCUACGCCAUCGGGGAAUGUGGUGGUGCCAUGGAGACGGGCAAGUGCCCUGAAUGUGGUCAAGUAAUUGGGGGCACCCAACACCGACUGACAGAGGGCAAUAGAGUUGCUUCAGAGAUGGACGGGGCGCGAUAUGCAGCAUGGUCGGAAGAAGCUAAUAACAUGGCGAAUUUCGACCUGAAUGAUUUGCAUUAGAAUUGAAAUUUGAUAGCAUUUGGUAAGCAUACAGG